AUGACUGAUCUCGACAGGAGAUUAAUUCAUCUACUACAGAUGGGACGUCUGCCACCAAGGAAGAUGAUGUUAAUCUUUCGGUCGAUCAGAGGGAAAUUCCGUGGAAUACCCUUCGAUGCUGUUGAUCUAAGCAACAUAAAGAGUAAACAACAACAAAUAGAGAAGGACCAUGACAUCCAGAAGUGCCUGGAACGCUUCAAGACACUCCAGAAAACAGUACCUGGCUUCUAUCAUGACAUGGAAAUAGACAGCGAAAAAAGAGUUCGCAGCCUGUUUUGGAUGGACGCAAUGUGCGUAAUGAACUACAAGCUGUUCGGUGACUACAUAUCUUUCGACACAACUUUCAGCACAAAUAAGUAUGGAUUACCAUUUGUUCCUAUAGUUGGGGUCAAUAAUCACGGCUCCACAGUACUGUUUGCCGUUGCUCUGCUGAAGGAUCAAACAACAGAAAUAUUUAUAUGGGUUCUGGAAACAUUUGUUCAGGCCAUGGGUGGAAAAGAACCAAAGACAAUAAUAACAGACCAGGACAAAGCAAUGAAGAAAGCAAUACAAACAGUUCUAAAGUCUACAACCCACAGGAACUGCUACUACCACAUCGUGACCAAGAUGAGUCGGAAAGAGAGCACCUUCUUUGCAAAAAACUCAGGACUGUCGGAAAUGCUAAUGUACAUUGCGAAGAACGCAUUCACACCAGAUGAGUUCGAAAUGGGAUGGAAUAAAGUGAUAAAGGAUUACAAUGCUGGCGGAGAAGAACACCUAAGCAAGUUAUUCAGGAUAAGACACAGGUGGGUACCAGCGUACUUCAUGGAUAAAUUUUACCCAUUCUCAUCAAGCACAGGAAGGAGCGAGAGCACAAAUAACAUGUGGAAAUGCUAUAGCCAGCACACAGACACAAUAACAAUGUUCCUUGAGCAAUAUGAGGUCAUACAAGACAAGUGCUUAUCUGCCCUGGACAAGAAGAAGCUCACAUCAACACUGAAAACAGCAAAACUAGUAACAAGACAUCCGUUUGAGAAGCAAGCUCUUGAACAAUUCACGCAUGAAAUAUUCGAGAAGUUCCAGAUCGAGAUCACAAACAACACGGCAUUCAAGGUAGAUGGAUCACUUGAACCUGAUCGCCACCUGCGGCUGAAAAGAAUAGUGAAAUUCUACAACCACAUGGAAUUCAAAAGGGAGUUGUUUGACGUCACAUUUGACGAUGAAAAAAAGAACUUCAUGUGUUCCUGCAAAAAGAUGCAGAGGGAUGGUAUACAUUGCUGCCAUGUAAUAAAAGCAAUGGUUCACAUGGAGAUCAAUGAUUUGCCAGAGAGUUUUGCGAUUAAAAGAUGGAGAAAAGACAUAGACAUGGAACUCGCAACAUUAGGAAAUGUCGCAGAUGCCUCUUGCGGAGACGAAACACUAAAGUUUGCCGGUGUGAUGAGCCAUAUGGCAGAACUUUGCAACAAAGCGUGCCCAAAUGACAAAGCAUAUAAUGUCAUGAUUCAGUGUAUGCGUGAUAUGGAAACAAAAGUGCUGGCAGCAAUAAGAGAAGAUGAAGGAGCUAAAAAACUACACGAUGAAGAAACAGGUAGCAACGAAACAUUACGUGACCCACCAAUGUCCGACAGAAGAGGAACAAAAAGAGGAGACAGAAUGAUGCCAGGUUCAGAAAAAAGACAGAAAACAAGACAAAUAAAAUGCGGACACUGCAAAAAAUCAGGACACAACAGAACAGGAUGUGAAGCACUGAAAGCACAAAUUGCAGCAGAGACAAAGACAGCACCAAAGACAUGCAGCAGCAGCAGCAGCAGAAGCAGCAGCAUCACAGCAGAGAUAUACAAGCAAUACAACACAUGA